UAGCCCCCAACCAACAACACAGCGCAAGAGGAGCCCCAAACCCUUUUCCCCUCUCCUUCUUCUUCUCCCACUCUCGUCGCGGAAUCACACGCGCAGAUUGGAGCCGGAGCUCGAUCCGAAAGAAGCUUUCUUUUCUCGCGGAAUGGCGGAGGAGAAGGGCGCGCUGCAGUCGGCGAGGACUUGGAUCGUGGAGCACAAGCUCCGGGCCGUCGGGGCGCUGUGGCUCUCGGGGAUCGCGGGAUCCAUCGCGUACAACUGGUCCAGGCCCGGCAUGAAGACCAGCGUCAAGCUCAUCCACGCCAGGCUUCAUGCUCAGGCCCUUACCCUGGCUGCCUUGGGUGGUUCAGCACUGGUGGAGUACUAUGAUCACCAGUCAGGUUCAGGGUCAAGAGUUCACAACUAUGCAAAGCAGUUCCUUCCUCCAGCUGAGACCAACCCCAAAAAAGACUAGGAUCUACUGUGUAGAAGAGGCAAACAAAUAACAGCCACCAGAUAUGGGGUAUGUUGAUGUUAUUUUCUGAACGAAGAAUCCGGCGCUCUGUGUUCCUUUAUUGAAAUUCUGCAUGCUGGCUAUUUUCUGUAUAAGCUACUGAACCAGCAAUCAGAUGCCGCGAUACACUGAUGCAUGGUAAUGCAAAUAUGUACUAUCCUGGAAAACAAUGAAAUUAAUGAAAUGUUUCCCUCUUACUAUUGA